AUGGCGAGAUCCGCGCGGCAACGAUACGCAGAGAUCUUCCGGGAUGUGGAGGACCUCAUUUUAGAUCAGAUCAACCAUCAAAAUUCCUCCGGCUCCAGAUCCAAACUCAGCAUGUUGGUCCCGACGAUCUCGACGUUCUUCACUCCUCUAGCAUUGGAAGACGCUUUCAAGCAUCAAGAUUCGAUCCGUGCCAUUUCAUCCCGCCGCUUCGUUGCGCCAUCCUUCAACGACAUCCGCUUGAUUCUCAAUACGGCCCAAAUCAUGGCCAUGAUACGACCCAAACCGUACAAGGCUUUAAAAUCCAACAUCAAACCCGGGCUCGACUUGCUCACAUUCGACGGUGAUGUGACGUUGUAUGAGGAUGGAGCGUCUCUUCAUUCACCCGAAGCGAACCCCGUGAUCCUUCGGCUGCUCCACUUCUUGUCCAAAGAUGUACGCAUUGGUAUUGUUACGGCUGCCGGAUACACGCAGCCACAGAAUUACUACAAUCGAUUAUCUGGUCUCCUUCUCGCCGUUCAAUCAUCGACGGCACUGACCCCUGCUCAAAAGUCGAACCUGAUUAUCAUGGGUGGAGAAUCCAACUUCUUGUUGGUAUUUGACGAAAAGGCAGAGUACUGUCUCCGAUACAUUCAUCGUCGCCAAUGGGUUCUGGAGACCAUGAAGACCUGGUCUGAACCAGCCAUUCAAUCACUUCUGGAUGUUGCAGAAGCGGCUUUUCACUCAUGCAUACGGACUCUCCACCUCCAGGCCAGGGUGCUCCGCAAAGAACGAGCCGUGGGGAUAUAUGCAGCAGAUCAGUCGAAGAAGCUCACCCGGGAGCAACUCGAAGAGACCGUGCUGGUGGUCCAGCAAGUGGUGGAGAGUUCACUGACGACGUCAGGCACCGAUGAACCGGCUCUGCAUGCCAACAUCCCCUUUACUGUGUUCAAUGGAGGUGCCGAUGUAUUCCUCGAUAUUGGAGACAAGUCUUUGGGGGUGCAAUCCUGCCAACAGUGGUUUGGCGGUAUCCCACCUUCGAGUACUCUUCAUGUGGGCGAUCAGUUCUUGAGCGGUGGAGGGAAUGAUUUCAAGGCGCGAAGUGCGUGUUGUUGUGCAUGGAUUGCCAGUCCGGCCGAAACUGUGGCAUUGUUGGAUGAGAUGAUAGCUCUCGGACAGACCAAAUGA